AUGGACACCCAACCUCCACUGGCCCUUCGGGAGGAGACUCGUCGUCCACCACAACCGAUCCUCCUGCAGGAGGCUCGAGCACGACUUCUGGCCCUGCUGGAAGCUCAACUACAAGCGAUCCUCCAGUGGGACCGGGAUCGACAUCGAGCUCGUCUGGACCUGCUGGCAGCUCAACUACAAGCGAUCCUCCAGUGGGACCGGGAACGACAUCGAGCUCGACUGGCCCUGCCGGAAGCUCAACUACAGCUGAUCCUCCUGCUGGAACUUCGACCUCGUCUGCUCCUUCUGGAAGCUCAACUUCAAGCAAUCCCCCGGUUGGCCCCGGCACAACAUCCAGCUCUUCCAUUGAUCCCCCAGCUGGAACCACAACCUCGUCCACUACCAGCUCCGCUGACCCUGCUGUGGUGCGGCAAGUCAGUCGGCGACGACACAGAUGAGCCAUACACGACAGGAGAAACUAAGUCUUACACGUUCACCAUCACUGACGCUAACAUCAACUUUGAUGGCACUGUUCGGCCGUCGUUUGCGAUCAACGGUGGAACUCCUGGUCCCCUCAUCGAAGUCAACUGGGGUGACACUGUCGAAAUUACAGUUAUCAACCUUUUGACCGACAACGCCACUACCAUCCAUUGGCACGGUAUCCGACAGAUUGGCACUAACGAUCAAGACGGCGUUCCUGGUGUCACCGAGUGUGCCAUCCCACCUGGCGGCAGCCGAACAUACACGUGGCUGGCGUCGACUUAUGGAACCGGUUGGUACCACUCUCACGCCCUGUCACAGUACGGCGGUGGUAUCCGAGGACCCGUCAUCAUCCACGGACCUGCGACUGCCAACUAUGAUUACGACAUGGGCCAUGUCAUGAUUGACGAGAUCUUCAGCCAGACCAUCUUCCAGAUGGCGUGGAACAUUGCCAGGCUCCGAGGACCGCUCCCUGCCGCCGUCAACUACAUGGUCAACGGCAAGAACAAGUCUCCAGAUGGAAGCACCGGACAGGCAACUCAAUGGACUGUCGAGGCUGGGAAGAAGCAUCUGUUCCGCAUUAUCAACAGCUCCGCUCAAUCAUCCUUCAUCGUGCACUUUGACUACCACGAGAUGACAGUCAUCAGCUCCGACUACACCCCGAUCGUGCCAUACAAGACCACUAGUCUCUACGUCAACCCUGGUCAGAGAUACAACGUCAUUGUCGAGAUGAACCAGACUCCUGGAGCAUACUUCAUGCGCGCCAUCACCCAGACUGGCUGCGGCGCGCAGAACGUUAACAACGGUCUCGGCAUCGCCAACCCUGUCUUCACCUACAAGGGCACCUGCGGUACCCCAACUUCUGAGACUCUCAGCCUUACCCCGGCGUCAGACUGCAAGGACGAACCAUUGGCCAGCCUUGUUCCCUACGUCAGCAAGGACGGUGGCAGCGCUGAGGACUUUACCGACACUGCUAAGCUCCUCCCCGGUGGCAACGGUGGCUCGCAGACCUUCGCCGGCUACGGCCCCAUCAUCCGAUGGUACUUCGGCGGCCUCCUUGACCUUGCUGGCAACAGCGCCACUGCCCUGGGCAACCAGACCAUCACCGUAGACUUUGAGAACCCGACGCUCAGGACCAUGGCCGAGCUGCCUACCUUGUCAUUCAACAGCUCCAGGUACUCCAACGCGGUGGUCCUGGACGGCCCUCCGGGCGACUGGGUUUACUUUGUGAUCCAGAACAACUUCCAGACGUCGCACCCGAUCCACUUGCACGGCCACGACUUCUCGGUCCUCGGCCAAGGCAAGGGCGUCUUCACAGCCGCUCAGGUCUCGUCGCUCAACUUCGCUAACCCGUGCCGCCGCGACACGGCGCUGCUGUUCGGCUUCGCGGGCCCCGGCGGCGUCGCCCAGGGUGGAUGGACCGUCAUCGGCUUCCAGACCGACAACCCGGGUGCGUGGGUCAUGCACUGCCACAUCAUCUGGCACGCCGACGGCGGCAUGGGUCUGCAGUACAUUGAGCAGCCUGACGCCAUCGACGCCAACGGCUACUGGUCCAGCCAGGGCUUCCAAGACGAGUGCAACGCCUACACCACGUACGCAGAUGGCGGCGGCGAAGGCAGGCUCAGUUACGAGGCGGGUAUCAAGAGAGAUUUGGAGAGGCACAAAUAUGCACUCCAUCACGGCAUGCAUUAA